UCAGACAAACCGAUUUGGAAAUUACAAUCUACAAUUAAAAUCAACCGCCAUGUUUUUGGUUUUGGUGGUAAACUGCGACGCGCAGUCGACCUAGCCGCCGGGCGCCGUAGCAUUAUUUGUUUUUGAAACCGAAGUUGGGGCGGUGUUCUAGAAAAUUUGAAAGUUAACAUGGUUCUUCAAUGCGUAGUUCCCGGUUGUCAUAAUCGAGACGAUAAUAGAGUCGCGGGACCGGGACUACCGGCACUUUCUUUCCACAGAUUUCCGUCAAACGAAGAGAGACGGGACAAAUGGAUAAAAAAAUUGAAGUUUGAUCGCGAAAUUAAAGCAACCGAUAGAGUUUGUUCAAAUCAUUUUGAACGUAGUCUGCUCUACAAAUCCGAAGACAAAACCCGCUUGCUGAGUGAAGCAAUUCCUACCAUAUUUCCACGUGUGUCACUUAAAGUGGGCACAAGGAAUCGUUCUUUGCCAAAUAAGAAAGAAAGUUCCGACGAAGAGGAUUCUACAGAGACUCGCCAGAGAACAAAAGGAAAAGUUGCACCAACCAAACAGAGGUCGGCGAGCCUUAACUUGCAAAAUGGGAAAGGCGAGAAAACUAAAAAAAUAAAGGAAGACCCAUCCACUAGUUCCGAUGAAGAAUUUUCAGUGGAAAAGGUUCUUAAUAAAAGGAUUCGCAAUGGAAAAACGGAAUACUUACUCAAAUGGAAAGGAUAUUCGCAUGAGGAUAACACGUGGGAACCAGAAGAAAAUUUGGAUUGUCCCGAUUUGAUUGCAGCAUUUGAGAACGCACGGAAACCACCACCUCUGGUGCAACAGGCGACACCUUCAACAGAUGCAGACAAGGGAAGUAAACAGAAAAACAUAACAGAAGACAACAGGUCACGCGGUUUCGAUCGUGGAUUAUUACCAGAUUCCAUUAUUGGUGCAACAGAUGCUAGCGGCGAAUUGAUGUUUUUGAUGAAGUGGAAGGGUUGUGAAGAAGCUGACCUUGUACCAGCUCGUCAAGUAAAUAUAAGAUGUCCGGAGAUCGUUAUAAACUAUUAUGAAAACAAAAUUCCUUGGUACACCAGCAAACCAUCGACACCUCCAGUAGUUGCAGAGAUAGAAAUUUUAGAUUAAUUUUAAACAAGAUUCUUUGUAUGUAAAAUAUAUUUACGAGUUUUCAUUUUCUUUAAA